AUGUUUAUGCAACCAUCCAGGAAAAGGCUCUUGACGACAUACUCCAAGCAGCCGUCACAGACUCGUCAUCGCACAAUAUCCGCCUCACUCACUUCCUACGGCCGACAGCAGCAGAAAAGACAGAUUACUUUGACAUCGCCGGCCCGCAAGUUGCCAUCCAGUCCGAGUUCGAUUUCACUAUCUCCACCUGUCCAAAGCGAUAACGAAGAAGAUGAAGCACAGGAAGAGCAGGCAAAUCUCAACCAUUCCCGCGUUCAAGAUCCUUCUCAGCUCACCACAGGAGUACACUCAGACCUUGCGAUCAGCCCAGCCAGCUCUUCGGACCCCGAGUCCAUCUCUGACGGAGGACCAGCGCUUGCCGUUCGCGGAUGGCAGAAGCGCGCACAUGUGUAUCCUAGUCCUCAGCCACUCAGCUCACUGAGAAGAUUGUUGAAAUUACGGCCCUCGAAGAUACGACUUCUCAAGAACCAAUCAGCACCCGAUCCUUCGGCAGAGACACUCAUGGAGAUUGAGAAAGGCGCCGACGGAUUCGAUUCGACACAUCUGGAUCUCCCGGUGAUGUCGAAUCGAAGAAACAGAAAGCGCAAUAUGCACACCCACCAAGCCACGAUGAAACCCACCUUGGAGAUGAUCAAAGGACCACAUCCACCUGUUGAGUUUGACCAUGCGAACUAG